AUGCGGCUGCAGGACAAGAUUUCGAGGAUAAAGCCUUCGCACAGUCAUACUGAGGCGGGCACUCUUCGGAAGAGGGCUCAGAGAGCCUGCAGCCAAUGCCAUUCGCAAAAGACCAAGUGCUCUGGCGAUCUGCCUAGGUGUAAGCGAUGUGAAGCUGGCGAUCUCAAGUGUGAAUACACUCCCGCCAAGCGGCGAUUUGCAAAUGUCCGCCUUCAGUCAGAAUCGAAGAGCGAGGAGCCGCCAACGCCAACGACCGUUGCGGCAAGUCCCCCCAGCCCUUCAUCAGCUUCCAAAAAGGAAAGGAGUCCCUUUCUGAGCCCACGAGGGAAGGACGGCAAGCCUAGCGAAUACUUUCCGCUGAUGAUCGACACCUCGCAUCUAAGCUCCCAGGAACUACUCACACGCAAGCAUAUCAUCCUCCGCCAUCUAGAGGCAUACUUCGAGCAUAUCUACUGGCUGCCAUGCAUGGGCUACUUUCACCCCGAAACCGCCCGCCGGCAAGUUCACGAGGGCACAUUUGACGCACCCACCGCAGCAGCUGUGUGUGCCAUUGCAAGCUUCUUCGUCAACCCCGGCGAAGGGGCCAAAGAGUUCAGCCUGAAGUGCCUGGAUGAGGUGGAAUUCUUCUUCUUCCGGAACAUUCAUAAAUUUUCCGAGGCUGUACUCAUCCCGUACUCUCUCAUUAUAUCGUUUAAUUUCCUCAACGGCUCGUUUGCCAAAGUCUGGCAAACGCUUGGUAUUGCCAUUCGUUUGGUCACCGGCAUGCAGCUAAAUUGGGACUACGCCAUGCAGCAUCGGUCCUUUCAAGAUCAGGAGCGAUUGCGGCGGGUCGCCUGGCAGUUUUUCGUCUUGGAUCGCUUGCUGGCUGGCGGCUACGAGGAGUAUAUUUCAUGCCGGACUGAGAUAAUGAAGAUCCGCCUUCCAUGCCAGGAAGAGGCGUUCUGGGAGAACAAACCCAUAACCGCCGAGAGACUCCAUGAGAAACCGGCAAGCUGCAAAGGGAUCGGCCUCCAUGGACUGAAUGUCCGCCUUGCCGACAUCAACCAUAGGAUUCAAUCGUGGUCAAAAAGGCUCACGCAGCGGGUUUCUCUCGAGCCUUCCAAGGUAAUGGAGGAUAUCAACAACUUCCAGAACGAACUUACAUGGUUCCAUGCCUCUAUCCCCAACGAUAUCAGAUUAAGUGAUCAAAGCCUCUCAAAGUUCAUGGCGUCUUCUGAGCGAGUUGGUUAUGUUUAUUUCCAUACCCAUUUAUCAGUUGGCCACAUUGACUUGUAUCGUUUUGCCCUGCCAGGCAUUCUGGAUUCAACGAAGAACGAUAUUCUCCGCCGUCUGCCUCCGGAUUUCGUUCAGAGGGCCAGAAAACAAGUCGUUGCUCACGCUCUGUGCACGGGUCGCUUCUGUGUUGCUAUACAGGACGAAAUGGAUCGGCUAGCAAAGUCUGGCAUUACUGGUUUCGCUGGUGAUGCCACCAUUGCUCACAUGUCAACACAAUCCCUUCGUGUCUUCCUAGUCGCCAUACAACAUGAAAUCUACGACGAUUUGACAGAAGGCACAACAGCGCCAUUAUGGCGCUUUCAACAGCCAGAUGAGACGUAUAUUCGAUCACUCAUCACCAACGGCCUCUUCCGUGUGUCUGAACCAUGGUGCCCAGUUCUGAUAGCAUGCCAGCAGUCUCACGCCAGUAACAAAGCCAUGUUCGAAGAGUUCGAGAGAACCAGGAGAUUUACUGACGCAAAGGAUGCGUACCGUAAUAAGCUCAAAGCUACCGACGGCUCGGCUCGCCUCCCAGGGCCGCAUUACAUUCUCGAGAAUGCCAAUCACGGUGUCGCCGAGCAAGAUCAACGUGCCCGAGCAUCUGAAGCAGCAGCCGCCAAACGCUGGUUUAACGAGCCAAAACAACAGACAGAGCCAAUGGCCUAUCCACCAGCCGAUCUUGAUUUUGACAUGGAAUAUGGGCCCCCGGGUAUCCCCAUGAUGCUUGCCGUUGCCAGGAAUCCGGACACGGGGCGAAGCGACAACAAUGUGAACUUCCUGUACGACGGUGACCGGGAGGCCACAGCCCUUCUGCAAGACAAGGUCUGGCUCAAUGGUGGGAUCAUUGCACCUGACAGCGGCCAGAUGGCUUACGUUGCAACUCACGCCGGAGUCCCUUUCAUGCAGAUAGGCUCAACAGAUCCAAAUAUGAUGUUUCCGCCACCGCAGCCUCCCCCUCCCCCGCCAUCAACCUUGUCUCAUCCAACUACGACGGCACCAUUCGUUCCUACCCAGGCUGGUAUAUAUAUGGACACCUGGGCCGCGCCGUCAUACGAAAAUCUUCACUCCGCUCCGUACAUGCGACAACCCAACUUCAACUAA